CGAUACGCGUCUCUAUGAGGCCCAUAUGCCAUCGCCAUUACCGACCYUUCAAUCCCUUCAUAUUCAUCUCCCGUUCCCCGUUUCUCUCUCAUCCUCUCGAAAAACCCAACCCCGAAUUCUCCUCCUUCUCCUUCUCCUUCUCAUCAUCUCUCUCUCUCUCUCUCUCUCUCUCUUGAGGAUCUGAUCGGAACGAUAUGGCUCAGAGAACCGAGAAGGAGGAGACCGAGUUCAAAGUCCCGGAGACCAUCGCCCUCUGCGUCAAUAACUGCGGCCUCACCGGCAAUCCGGCCACCAACAACAUGUGUCAGAACUGCUUCAACGCUACCACGCCGGCCGCCGCCACCAUGGCGAUUAAAUUUUCUGGCGACAAAAGUCCGAGAUCUACCGCGUCUCACUCGCCGGAGAAAUUUCGGUUUAUUUCCGAGUCUAGGAGGAGCACGACGUCCGAUCGUCCGAGGCUCGACGAAUCGGCCAAGCGCGAGGUGAAUCGGUGCUCCGGAUGUAGAAAACGCGUCGGUUUGACCGGAUUCAGGUGCCGAUGCGGCGAUUUGUUCUGYGCGGAGCACCGGUAUUCAGAUCGUCACGAUUGCAGCUUCGAUUACAAGGCCGCAGGGCGCGAGGCCAUCGCCAGGGAGAAUCCGGUGGUGAAAGCGGCUAAAAUCGUUAGAGUUUAAUACGUAGAUUCGGAAAAAAAAAAGUAAGAAAAUCCGAAGAUGAUGAAAUYUGUGAAAACUCUGGGCUGAUUGUUGAAAUUUUCUUGUGGAGUAUUGUAUUGAGGAUCACUUCCUCGAAAUUUCCUCUCUCGAUCUUUAGGAGAGAGAAGCAUGAGAGAAGGAGCAAAAUCCUUGAUGAAGAUGAUGAUGAUCGUUCGUUGUGUUUUCUCGGAUAAUUAUUGUUCCUAUUUGAUUUUUUUUCCUUUUUUUUCACCUUUUUUGUUCCUCUUCUUUUCUUUCGGUUUGUUGGAAAAAAGAAAAAGAGAAGAAUAUCGCGACCUAUGAAGAUGUUGGUGUUCUUCGUUGAUUCUUACUUUCGUUUUGCUUUGAAAAUGCUAAUGGCAUGUGUUGUAAAUUCGAUCAAAAUCUCGGGAUUUUAUUGGCAGUUGAAAGUUGAACCAUUCUAGUUUCUGUA